UUCCUCACUUCCAUCGAGCUCUCUCAUAGUUGCCACCCUGGAUUCCAGUGAUGACGACAACACCGCCACAGCGAGAGGUUAUCUCCCCAGUCCUGUCACCCUGGCAGGAUUCGUCAUAUGGGAGUCCAAAUCGCCCAGAAAGUACGGAACCGGUGGAAGACAUCUCUGAUUAUGAGUUGCAUGGACGCAAGUAUUCAGUCUUGUCGUCCCGCCCGCUGCCCGUGGACGAAAACGAACUGAUUCAUCAAAAAUUGCUGGACGCACUAUUUAAGCUGGCUCUGGACAGGAAAAACUAUCUAUGCCCUCAGGACAUCCACAAGGCCAGAGUUCUAGAUCUAAAUUCACGACUCGGCGACUGGUGUCUUGCUGUUGGGGACCUCGAUGAUACCUGCGAGAUCAUCGGCGUCGACAUCGCCCCGAUUCAACCUAUGUGGGUUGCUCCUACGGUGCGCUUCGAGAUCGAUGAUAUUGAUGACAACUGGACUUGGGGAAAUCGAUUCCAUCUCAUUUUUGCGCGUCAAUUGACUUACACUCGAAACCUGCUAAAGCUAGUAAGCCAGUGUUAUAACCAACUGGAACCUGGAGGCUGGUUGGAAUUUCAGCAGCUGAGCGUUGAACCCCAUGUCGGGAGUCCCUCCAGGGAUCGUGACGACGAGCGUCUAAGGGAUCCUAAGGAUGAGCAUCUGGGCAAUCCUGAGGAUAUGCUUCCAACUCUGAAAAUGGCAAUAUCUGAGCUCAACCACCAACUUGUGAAAGCAGAAGACAUAGAAUGUGUCCUUCAAGCCCAGGGAUUUCAGAAUGUGAAGCAUACAACCAUUGAGAUUCCAUUCGGGUCUUGGCCCGAAGACGAAAGAAAGGUCAGACACCUCUCCAGGGCAUACCUUUAGGCUAACACCUCACAGAAACAUUUGGGAAUCAUUCGACAAGCAGAAUUCAAGGCGGGUUUGGAAGGGUUGAUUCUGAAGCCAUUUAUAGAAGGACUGAAGUGGUCGACGACAAGGGUCGAGCAAUAUCAGGAACGGCUUCUCGCAAAGCUCAAGAGCCAAAGAGCUGUGUCGCAUUUGUCCAUCGUAUAUGCUCAGAAAUGAUCCUUGGCAAGAAAGAUACCUAUGAUCUGUUUCAACACGCACCCAUUGGUGAAGACGUGGGAGCAGACCAGACCACCAUUGUUCGGAGAACUCGGAGCGGUGCAAACUGGUUUCUGAAAGGAUUCAACCUGGUCAUUCUGGUCGUUGAACAGCAGGCGCCGAGAAGAGAGUCAAAUCGCUCAACAAAGGACGGAUGAUAGGUGUGGAUCGUUUCGCAUCGUUCCGCCCCGGAUUUUGGCCGGUACUUCCUGAGAACAUGAAAAAGUGGGACGAGGAGUAAAAUGGUUAUGUGGCGCUCCAUCUCGCCCACGUGCUGGCCUCUUCUUGGGCUAUCUCCCCUGGGAGGGGUCGGGACACUGGACGGGUCAAGUUCGAUCACAUGCCUAAAGACACGGCCAUGAUAAGAACGAUUGUAAGGGAACCAGCGUCGUGGGAAGAACCACCACACAUUCUAAGAUGGUGUAGAUAUUACGAAGAUCAGAGAUCUGUGCUCAUGAUACACACAAAUCCUCCAUCGCGAAAGGGCUGCCCAAAAAACAGAACGAAAGGAGAGGAACAUUUGUUUCAAUUACGAUUUGGAGAUUAUGAGUUCACUGCG